CCUUUGAUAGCUGCACGAACUUCAAAACGGUAGCCAUUUGCGCCACGAAGGCUACGUUCGUCGUGUGUGUGAAUUUGUGGAAUUAUAGGUUAGAGUGCUAAUUUAAGAAAAUAUAAGUGCGUCAAUACCGCCUGUAAAGGCAUAGGGCACGACAAAGUAUCGUUUUAUGCCCUAAAAGCGCGGAGAGCGCGUCAAAUGACAGCCGUGAACACCAGAAAUGAAGAUAGACACCAAUUCACACACGACACAAAAUAAUAUUACAAGAGUGCAUAUUUCUGACAACACUUCGCGUUGAGUUUGAAAGUAACCUCAAAAAUCUUGACUAACAUUAGUGCAAUAAGGACAAAGUCAGUGGAACCAUGAAAAUACCGGAGACAUCGGCUAACGUUGGAGCAUAUUAUGGAAAUGAGGAAAAUGGACAGUGGCAGCCAAACGGCGUGAUAAUCGACAGCGGCGUCGGCGGCGGCGUGGUGGGAAGCGGCGACGCCGGCGUGCACCGCCCGCCCGUCUAUCCCAUGCACAUGCCGCGCCCGCAUAUCCCGGCUGGCUACGUGAUGGCGGGCGCCUUCUACCCGCCCGCGCCCUUUCCAGUAGCGGCGCCGCAGGACGACUUCGAGGACUACAUGUGGAUGGAAAAUGAGGAAGAGUUCGAUAAGCAGGUCAUGCAGCAGUUGGAAGAGGAAGCCCUAAUGGAGCAGUGCAUCGAGGCGAUGUUAGAAGACGAGCAAAGGGAGCGCGCGCGAGCGCCGCACGCGAGGCACAACCACGCGCGACCAGCGCCGCACACAAGCAGCAACGGCCAAGCGUUAUCCCUGGAAGAAACAGUGUCCCGAUCAACACUCAACCCGUUGGCGGCCGAGUUUGUGCCCACGUUUGGGCGGAGGGAACCGCCGCCAGCCGAAGACAAACCAGAGACGCCGCCUGAGGCCGCUCCGUCCACAGAAGCCAGUCCGGCGGUCACGGAGGACACAACGGAACACACACAGAGCGCGGAGGAGAACACAGAAACACACACAGAUGUUAAGACUGAAGUUGCAGAGCCCACAACGCCGCCAACGCCCACAGCCGUUACAGAGGAAAGUCCGGACGACAAAAGGCCGAAGGAAGUCAAAAAAGACGCCAAGAAGGAAGCCAAGAAACCCGCCGCCAAGGUCGAAGUCAAGCCCAAGGCAAAACCAGCGCCCGUCAAGUCGGAGCCCAAAGUAGCCGCCAAGAAGAAGGACGCACGCCCAGCGCGGAGCGAGCCUGCCCUCGACGCCACAGUGCCUACAGCGCCGACAACGCCGACAGUCACAGCUAACGCGACCACAGUGCCUACAGUGUCUGCGGUGCCGCCAGCGCCCGCGGAAGCACCUAAGCCUCAAGCACCAUCAGUGGAAGAAUCAACGCCAACUGGCCCCAAACCUAUCAACUACGCCGCAGCAGCGCGCGCUACCAAACCCAAGAAGCCUUCAGCCCCCACUGCAGCCCCUCCUGCCCCCACCUCUGCCCCCCCUAAGGCAGAGAAGAAACCCACAGACAAACUAGACAGGAAAGAAAAGGCGAAAUCGGAGAAGCCAGCGCCGAAACCAGAGAAAACUGUGCAGAGAAAAAACUCUACCAAGUGAGUAAGAUCCUUCAGACCUUUGUUGAAACCUCGUUGAUGAUUCUACACGAUAUUUCUAUGUGAUUGGUAUAAAUAUUGAAAGAAAAGAAAAAAAGAUACGUUUAUUACAAAACUAGCUUUCCGCCCGCGGCUUCGCUCGCGUGGAAUUUUGUCUGUCACAGAAA